GGCUGGGGAAGAAAGGAGCUGCUCUCCGUCAGUAGAGCAGUGCCGCUGGAGAGCUCUCUCCCGUCGACCGCAGGCUCCAGCCCCAGAAAAAAAACAGAGAGAAAGAAAGGAAGGAACGCAGAGACGCGAGCUUUUUAUUUUUUAAUUUUUAUUUAUUCGUUUCUCCUCGCAAGAUGUAACUUGUUGACAUCACGUCGCGCACAUACAUGCAUUUGAAAAGAGCCGGGAGCGAGUGCGCAGCGACAAGGGGAAGAAGAAGAAGAAGCCGCCGACCGAGCCGCUGCUGCCCCGGCGCAUGGAACUUAUUGUUGUGCGUCCUGUUUUUGACUAUGUUACCCCCGAGUGAGUUUGGGUCUGUGCUCGCCGUCGUCGAUCCUUAAAUUAUUAUUAUUAUCUAUAUUUUUGUGUGGGAAUAUAGUCGAAGGAGAGAAAAACGCCGAGGGAAGGACUGCGCGAAGCCAGCGAGCUUUUUUCCUACAGAGCCGGGGAUUUAAAUCGUCGCUUGUGGCUGGUGGUGCUCCGGGAGAGAAAAGGAAAAGACAUUCAUGUGGCCAUUCUCUGUUUAUUUUAAACUCCUGGGGAUUGCAUGAUGAGCAAGGAAAGACCUAAGAGGAAUAUCAUUCAAAAGAAAUACGAUGACAGUGAUGGGAUCCCAUGGUCGGAGGAGCGGGUGAUGCGAAAGGUGCUUUACCUUUCCCUAAAGGAGUUUAGGAGUGCACAGAAAAGGCAGCUGGAUGGCGAUGGAACCACAAACUCCAAUGGUUCCCUCGCCAAUGGGCAGCUGAACAGCUCGGGAUCAAAGGGCAGCCACAAAGAAGAUGGGUCCUUGCGCUCUCAGGGCCUGGACGGGAGCAGCGAGUACUGCGAGGACGGUCCUGCAAAGAAGAGACCUCGGCUCCAGGCUCAGCGGAAGUUUGCCCAGUCGCAGCCCAAUUCGCCGAGCACGACGCCCGUCAAGGUGGCCGACCCGGUCAGCCUGAACGCCGGCCUGGCCGCCGCGCCCUCCUCCUCGUCCCUCUCGCUGCUCACGUCCUCAUCACUAUCCUCCAUACACGACCUGUCCCGGCGCAAGCCCAAGACGGAGGACUUCCUCACCUUCCUCUGCCUCAGAGGUUCAUCGGCCCUGCCCAAUAACAUGGCCUACUUUGGAAGCUCCCAGGAGGAGGACGACCUGGAGGAAGAGGAGGAGGAAGAGGAGGAGGAGGUGAAGAACGGCGGUGGUAUCCACUCUCACAGCGGCGGCGGAAGCAGCAGCCAAGCCUCGGCCUCCUCUUCCUGCCACUCAACGCCUCGCAAGGGCAAGCUCCCCACUAGGCAGCCGCUCAAUGGGCAUG